AACCCUGCGCAGUGAGUGGGCUGGAGUAGACUGGAGUGCUGGAGAAGGGAUAUGGGCUGAAUCAAAUUCUGGCAGUUCUGGAAGAAUAUCACAACACGCUGAACCCGACUGCGGUGCACUGAUACAGGGAGGGGGAAUGAGCAGUGAAGAGGAGCGAUGCCUUACGUGGACCGACAGAACCGCAUCUGCGGCUUCCUGGAUAUUGAGGAGCUGGAGAGCAGCGGCAAGUUCCUCCGCCGCUACUUCCUCCUGGACACCCAGCAAGGCAACCUGUUCUGGUACAUGGACAACCCACAGAAUCUGCCGAUAGGAGCGGAAUGUGUGGGGUCACUCAAACUCACCUACAUAUCCAAAGUUAGUGACGCCACCAAGCUCAGACCAAAAGCUGAAUUCUGCUUUGUCAUUAAUGCAGGCAGGAGGAAGUUCUUCCUGCAGGCUAAUGAUCAGCAGGACCUUGUAGAAUGGGUCAAUGCACUCAACAACGCCACCAAAAUCACGGUGCCCAAGUCAUGUGAUGUGGUUCAUAAUUCUGACUGCCAGAGAGCCGUGUGUGAUAUUCAGGGCAGCAGGAAGCAGGUGUCCUAUCGGACAGAUAUAAUCGGGGGAGUGCCGAUCGUCACACGGACACAGCAGGAAGGGAAUGAUGGGCAGCCGGCUGGGAGAGAAAAGGAAGCCCUGAAACGACCUUACAGUCACCUUCCCUACUUCCAGUGUAGACCAGCUCAGGAGCAGAGUGUGAUCAAGGCAGGCUACUGUGUGAAACAGGGUGCUGUGAUGAAAAACUGGAAGCGAAGAUACUUUAUUCUGGAGGAAAACUCCAUGAGCUACUUCAAAUCUGAACUUGAGAAGGAGCCUUUGAGGAUGAUUCCCCUUAAAGAGGUUCAUAAAGUUCAGGAGUGUAAACACAGUGACAUAUUAAUGAGAGAUAACCUCUUUGAAGUGGUCACCAUGUCCAGAACGUUUUAUAUUCAGGCGGACAGUCCUGAAGAGAUGCACAGCUGGAUUAAGGCCAUUUCGGGAGCCAUCGUGGCACAGAGGGGCCCUGGGAGAUCUGCUGCAUCUGUGCACACUGUUGGCUCCUCCUCAUUCUACUGCGCCCCCUCGCUUGGCUCCUCCCCCCGGAAGGCCAGCCCUGCCGUGCCAGUCUACUCAGAGUGCCGUGGUGCCGCGCGGCCUGGCGUGGGACAGCGAGCACUUCAUGAGCCUGUUGCCGUUGCCCCGGCAGCACGCCCGCCUGUCACUGCAAGAGACCCGCCUCUCCAAGUGACGCACGAGUCACCGUGGCGCCGGCGCAGCAGUUUCGGGAAGUCCGACGCCCUGUCUCUACCGCCUGCUCUUCCUCUAGACCUGGACGAUGUUGAGCUGCCUGUUAGCGAGGUCUAGCUCCUGAAGGUUCUGGAAGAAUGUGAUUUUAGCAUAAGUCAAUCGUAGAGGGAUUCUUCAGUGAGGACGAGGAGGUGCCC